ACGAUUACGGCUGUGAGCAAAAUACGGUAUUGUGGCUGCAAGCUAUGAGCCGAAGUCAGCAGUAACGUUCUGCACAGCAGAAGUUGGCAGAAGCAUGGAUGAGGUUGUCGAACAAGUGGCGUUCGCCGACGCGAAGUGUGACGAUUCUCAAACUCCUGGAAGUCUCGAUGCAAUGUCAGAAACUGACUGCAACAGUACCACGAAAGAGAGUGCCAUUGACGAGGCAAAAGAUGGUGCUGCACAGUUUGCUAGAGGUGAUGAGAAGAAGGACCAGAAUAGUGAGUUGGGCACGGAGCUGCCUCGUGUGACAUGUGCUGCAACUAGUGAUGCGUCUCCUGGAGGAGAUUUGCCAGCAUGCAAUAUUGACAAAACCUCAGAGGUUGUAACAAUGGAGGCCUCUCUCUCUGCUCAGGCUGGCACCGAAGCCUCAGGUAAAGCAUUGGCUGAGAGUUCACACGAAGCCACAGGUCCCAAUUCCUGUAAAAACGUGCAAGAGGAGUCAUCUCUGCACUCGCAGGAAGGAGCACCGAGAAAUUGUACUGAAACAGAUGCGGAUUCCUGUGCUGAACAGAAGCCAUCGUCAUCAGUUAAUGAGGGGUCGAAUGGUUCGUCAUCGGAAUGUGUAGCAAAGUCUGCUGAAAUGCAAGAUCCUACCUUGAGGACAUCGAGUGACACUUGUCGCCCUGAGCGGGAGACAAGUGUUCAGUUGAGCAAGGAAAGCGAUCCUGAUGUUGAGCUUGCCACUGAACCUGCAAAAAAUGAGGAAGUACGUACUCAAGUGUCCAUAACAGAUUCUGAAAUUUCUGGAGAUGCUUCUUCGAAGGGCACAUCUGAAUCGAGUUCUGCUAUAGCAGCUCAAUUGAAGGAAACCAUUUUGACAGUGAAUCAAAGGAGUGAAGUUGCAAGUGUGGAUGUUGCUAAACCAAGUGGCGGUAGUCAGCCGAAAGAUGAGCCAGUUACAUGCUCUUCACCAGCAGUGCCUCCUAAUAGUUCCAGUGUAGAGGUAGCCCCUUCAAAGCCAUCUACAUCAACAAGCUGUUCAGAUGUUGAUUCAUCUGAACGAGAUCAAACAUUGGAUUCCACUGUUAACAGAAAACUGCCUUCUGAAGAAGUUGAGAGUAGUGAUUGUGGACUUACCUCUGAAGAUGGAGUCGGUGUGGAGGAUCGAGAAGGCUCAAGUACCGUGUCUACGGCUGGUGAGGCGGCUACUGGCACAGACUUGGAAGGUGGCCAUGAGGCCACUGCUGACUCGCUAGACAGUCCAGGCCACAUCGAAGUUGGCUCCGAUCAAGAGGACUUCGAUGAGGAACUUGAAUUGCACCCACGAUUACACAGGGAUGACCUAGAUGAUAGUGGCAUUAACGAUGGCACACGUGGCCUGGAAGAUGAACUGGAGGAUGGUCUUGACGAGGAAGAAGACGACGAGGAUUGUCUCAAAGGAGAGAGGCAGCAGGGUGAUGGAGAGGAGAGCGUUGAUCCCUCUGAUCUCCAAGAUAAAGUUCUGGACUUUGAUGAAGACAAGCGCAACCCUCAGUACAUCCCCAAGAAAGGUGCAUUUUACCAACAUGAUGACCGCAUGGUAGGAGAUGAAGAUUCAUCUGAAGUACCAGAAGAAAAAAAUGAAGAUGACAAGGGGGCUCGCCGACAGAAGAAGCUUUGGCAUGAUGAAGGUGUUUGGGGCCAUGACAUGUACCGUGAGGAGGAGCAGGGUCCCAAAACAAGUGCGGAGCUUGUGAGCAUAUAUGGCUACGAUAUUCGUACAGAACUGAUGCCUCCUAGAGCUCGGAGACGGCGACGUUAUGGCCGUGGCCCCAACAAGUACCAGCGCAACUGGGAAGAUGAAGAGGCUUACACCCCCCGGUCAGGGUCAGGACGUGGUGGAGGAGCACGUGGUGGUCGCAGGACCAGAGGUGGAAGCCACAUUGGGAACCCCCCAUUCCAUGAUGAGGACUUCCCCGACCUGCACUCGAAGCCUUCGAACUCUGAAAAUACUGCCUCCGUGCAGCAGGACAGGGCAGAAGUGAAGCCGUCAGCCAGGCCUGCAGUGUUCAAAGGUUCCGACUCGACAGAAAGCAGCAGUUCUCAACAGGAGGAAUGGGACCACACAGUCAAAGGCUCCGGAAUGACCCACCGGGGUUGGGGCAAGCGUCCUUCUCAACCUCCUAGGAGAGUACCAGAUGCACUGCCAAGGCAGCAGGACUGCGAAGUCAAGGAGAAUGCAACUUUAGGGCAUCGUGUCAACAGGCCUGCACCACGGUCGCCAGUGAAGGCUGUUGAAGCACCUCAAAUUUCACUCUCUACUGGCAGAAGUCGAGCUAUGCGGCAUCUGCUGACCGAGCAUGAACGAAGCAAAAGGGAUUACGAGGCACUCGAGAAAUUUGCUGCUAAAGGAGAGCUUCAGGACGGUGAUAAAGCGGAUUUGAAGAGGAGUACAGCAGCUGCAGUGACACAAAGGGGAGGUCCAGUAGGUAGCACAGAAUCUGCAGCCAAACCAAGGCGCUACUCUUCAUUACGACAACGGCCCCUUGCAGAGGCUGCCCCCUACACCGAGACUGCUGUGGUUGCUCCCCAGCUGCCUAACACACAGGCCCCAUUGCCUACACCGAAUCAGCCACAGCCAGCUAUUUUGACUGCAGCACAUUUCCAAGCACCGUAUACACCGUAUCCUGAUGGCUACAUGCUUCCACCACCGGGCCAGCCACCUGCUGUGAUGCCUACACCGAAUCAGCCACCUCCUGUUAUGGCAGCGCCUUCCCCACUGACCAGCUCGUUCUUACCCCCACCAACGGGCAUCGUCAGCUUUCCUCCCCAGUACCCUCCACCUUACACCUUUCCAGCACAGUAUGCUGCACCUGCCCCAGCAGCUGCACCCCCAACGCAGACGCAAGCCCAGAAGCCACCAUACUACCAUGGGGACAUAAUCUACUACAACACGCAAAGCCAGCAGCAUAAGCAACGGCCCACCCCUCCUCGAAGGCCUAAAGCAGCUAUCCCUAUCGUGCCUCCUCCAGAUUCCCAAGGCACAGUGCAGGAGAGCGCUUCUGAGCCAGACUGUUUGGCAACUCAACAGAACAAGUCGGAUGAGGAUCUUGAUGAUAAUGUUGCUGGCACAGAACCAGCCCUUCGAGACGGCCCAACAGCACAGCAAGCAGUUGGAGGAUUGUAGCAUAGUUCUUGUCAUUCUUAUCCUCAAGUGCCACUCUACUGCAGUUUGUUCUUUGUCCACAGCUUCCUGGAACUUUUCUGCUUGUGUGUCAUAAGACACUUGUGUCAUAUUUUCAUCUAUGUUCUCUGAGGUGUUAAUAACAACUCUAAGAGAUGUUAUUAAUGGCAUUGUGGAGCAGACGUCUGGUUGCAUUACACGAGAUGCAUUUUCGUUGGAAAAAGAAAACUAGGUCUUUCUUGUUUUUGUAGAAAAAUAUUUUGUUCCUUAGUUGGUAAAUAGAAGCUCGAGUGUUUUUUUUUUUUUUUUUUACUAGUGUAGAGGCUUUUAACGAAUGGCAUUAAGUUUGUUCCUGUUAUGCAGAUUAUUGCAUUGGAAAGGUGGCAGUUGCACAUAGUUUUGGAGUUGUGAGUGUCAACAAGAUGCCAAAUUGUUGUGUGCUUAACUCUUUUCUUACCAUAGGAAAAGAUUACUUAAGUUCAGUCUGCUCUUUCAAAAAGUGCUAUUUGCAGUUUAUUUCAUUGUAUGUCAUUGGCAAUGUAGCUUGUUGCACCUUUUAGCACGUUUAACGUGAGUGGUCUAGUGAAAUCAUGAUAAAUAAAAUGAACAAAUAAAUUGAGCAAGUGCUUAUGCACAACUGCAUGUUUACUAUUAAAAAUAAUUCAGUCUCCAAAGAAAGUAGGAGAACAGGAGUAGUAGCACAGGUAGUGCGUGGUAUAACGCUACACUAGUGUUUAAAAUGGCUCUUUACCUGUGAAAAAGACAUCUUAAUGGUUUCUCGCCAUUUGCAGUUCUCCCUUCACUUACUAGAGACCUUUACAGAAGCUUAGAGUGCUGGGCUCUUCCCUGGUGAUAUCAUUAUGGAGGGUACCUUGGACAACUGUCAUAGUUACACAGCUAAAGAUGUCCUGCAAGCUUAGAUUUUUCUCGAUGGCUUACAAAGCAAAAACUGCGGGCACUUCACCAGGACACAGAAAAUGUCCAACGCCUCAUCUUCCCUUUCUGUGUCCUUCUGAGGUGGGCAAUGUUUUAACAGCAGAGCUGUUUAAGCUUGGAGAAGCUCCGUUGGUCACAAAGAAAAAUUAUCAUAAACCAGCACGCACUUUCUUCAUCCUCUUCUUCCUAGCACGACUAACUGACGACGGAACAGUCCCAAAGAUUUUUAGGUAUGUCGACAAUUUUUUAGCAAUUUUAAACUAAAGCAUUUUAGUUGGGUACGAAGAAAUCGCGAUGGACACUUUACAGAAGUUUGGACACCAUGGCAAAGGGCUUAAAUUCACGUGUGAGCUUCCUAACGAGAAUAACCUUCAGUUUUUGCACCUCUGCAUCAAAUUCGGAGAACGAUGUGUUCUGGUGCUAUCGCCCGAAAGCUAAGAAGGGUUUUUACAUUUUGAUUCGGCCCAGUCAGAAAUUGAAGGACACUUUGUAAAUUCCAAAGUGUGUUUGGCGAAAGCCUGUGGCCAUUCGACUGACUAUGCCACGGUAUUAGGGGAAUCCACAUUCUUGGGGCGCUUCUCCGAACCGUUUACUGUGAAAUCAUCACCGGUCCGCUUGGGAGCCAUCCGACUAACUGACUGCUACAACGAGACGUCUGACGAAGGAGCGUUGCCACGCACGCCGCUGUGCCAUCACGUGAUUGCUGAGAGAGUGUAAGGGGGAGAGGCCACAGCUGUGGCGGCGCAACUGUUCUAUGCGCCACUGUGUCAUCACGUGAUUGCUGAGAAAGUGUGAGGGCGAGAGGCCGCAGCUGACACCGUUCCAGGGCAUGGACGGAUGGACGGGCGCCGCGAGUAUGAGACAAUAAAGGCUUGAAACUGUCAUGAGGGCAAGCGCGAACCUCUCGCUUGUGUCGGCUCUCCUCAAGUCCUGCCUCCACAUGAUGCACGCUAGCUUUAAGGGUGAGCCCCGCCACGGUGGUCUAGUGGUUAUGGCACUCGGCUGCUGACCCGAAGGUCGCGGGAUCGAAUCCCGGCCGCGGCGGCUGCAUUUUCGAUGGAGGCGAAAAUGUUUGAGGCCCGUGUACUUAGAUUUAGGUGCACGUUAAAGAACCCCAGGUGGUCGAAAUUCCCGGAGCCCUCCACUACGGCGUCUCUCAUAAUCAUAUCGUGGUUUUGGGACGUUAAACCCCAGAUAUUGUUAUUAUAUUAGCUU